UUCGACUACCUGAGUUGACUUCUAUCCACCUUAGUUUAAGAAUAACGUUUAUAGUGUAAACACAUCAAUUUAACACAUUUUUUAAAGUAAAGUUGUUCAUCGGACUAGGCUAUGGCAACCGUAAUUCAGAAACUGAUCGGCAUUCAUUUACUUGCAUUUGUGACCAGCAACAGCAAGUUUGCAGUAGAAAAAGAUCCAGUAACUAAAUUUCUCUCAAAUGAAAUCAGAGCAGAACUAAAAGACCUUGUCGGUGUGAAAGGUGGCAUCGGCGGAAGUGUUACGUUGACUUCCGAUUCUUUCCUUGGAGCUGGAACCAUUUCGUUCGUACUUCCAGGUGUACUUGCCGACGGUACGCCGGUUGCGAUUAAGUUUAUGAACGAUUCGAGUGAAUACUUUGCCCGUGAAUAUAACUGCUUUGAAAAAAUGAACGCAACUGUACACAAGCAGUGCGAGAAAUUCGGAAUUCCUUUCAUCUACCACACUGGCAACUUUCUCAACUUCAAAACGAUUGCAAUGACGUUGCUCGACACUGAUCUUCAAUCACUGCACAAGAAGGUCGGUCCCUUUUCAGAGGAUUCCAUCCUGAUUUUGUUUAAAGAUUUGGUUCGAACAAGCAAAUACAUGCACAGCAAGGGUGUUAUCAAUGAAGAUAUCAAGCCGGAAAAUGUCCUAAUAAGAGGCGCAAACGUAUUUUUGUCGGAUUUUAAUCAAUGUGACCUAAGAGCACUAAGGAACCGUCCCAAUCGAGGCAAUCCCUAUUUUAUGUCGAUCGCAGUACAUAUGGGAGAAUCACCAGCUGAAUACGAUGAUCUCCAGUCACUGUUUUACACAAUGCUAGUGUUAGCGGACGUGGAACUUCCCUGGAGGAAUCUCAUUGAUCGCAAAGAGAUAAUGGAAUCCAAACAACGUACAAUCGGUGAAAGUCUCUGUAAAGAAAUCAAACAUUCGGCCGUAAUUCAGCCAUGCACAGAAUUUUACGACAGUGUUAUGGAAUCAGCAUAUCGAAAACGAUUGCCCGAAUACGAUUCUUUGUACAAAGCUUUCGACGAUGCUUUGUACAAUAAUCAAAAUCGUAGUGAACGAAUAGUAUUUGAAUGGCUAACAACCGAAGAAAAGCUAGAGGCGGUCGCAGAAGAUUUACCAUCAAUUGAAUCAAUAAAAUUUUCUAAAAUUUCGUUCUUGUUUUAA